AUGCAGACGCGGCAAAUGCGGCGUUGGUUCAAGGUAUUUCCUGAGGUUCUGCUGGUCGACGCCACACACAACACGAACGAGUCGCGCUACAAACUCUUCUCGUUCAUGGUGAACGAUGUGUAUGGACAUGGUCAAUACGUUCAUCACAGCCUGAUGGAAAAUGAAAGCAAUGAAUGCCUUUCGGAUGCAAUCAGGUCGUUCAAGUUUAACAACCCGUCAUGGGAGAAGAUCAAAGUUAUCGUCAUUGACAAAGAUCUCGGGGAGUUGGAGCUACUUGAAAGGAGUUCGAAGAAGUAUAUCCGGACGGAGAUGGCGAAGAGUGAAUACGGUGGGCCGACUAGUUUUGAUAAAGUUGAAGUUGAAGAUACUAUUGACAUGAUACGACUGGCGCCAACUGCAGUGGAGUAUACCAAGUACUUGAAGUACUUGUACUUCCUACUUGAUGACGUACAUCUCAAGGACAGUGACGCUAUUCCUAAACCUGGCCACCCUUUUCUCAAGUACUUCAUGCGCAAUUGGGAUUCGAUGAAGGAAAGAUGGGCGUUUUACGCACGCUCUGAUGUACCGCAUUUAGGAAACCACGCGAAUAACAGGUUGGAGUCUUCAUGGGGCCACCUAAAAGAGGUUCUGAAGCCGGAGAUGGCGCUCGAUGAAUGUGUAAAUACGCUCAUGUUCUUACAGACUGUGGCGGAGAUGGAUUAUGCGAAAAAAAAUCACCGAAGUUGGUCAGAUGCGUUAUGA